CGAGCGCAACGCGUCCUGUACUGUGUGCCAUUAUCUCUGGAAGUGUCGACUCAAAAAUCUAGAGUUUAUUCUUCUGUGUGUUGUCCUACUGAACAACCAGGUUGUGAGUGCGACUAUCUAGGGCUGGGCCAUGCAACACAGACCCAGCAACAGUGGGGGAAAAAAACCUGACUCGGGGCCAAAGAAAAGGCCACCAUCAAUAGAACAGCGAGGCUGGAGCUGGAGAACAAUUGCGUCUGUUGCCGUUACAGCUGUGGGAGCCGUGGCCCUGGCGCCCGUAGCUGUGGCGGCAGCUGGGUUCGGUGCAGGCGGUAUCGCGGCCGGAAGUUUGGCAGCGAGCAUGAUGUCCACGGCGGCUACAUCCGGUGUCGGCAUGGGCGUCGUCUCUGUUUUACAGUCAGUGGGGGCUGUAGGAUUUGGAUUGGCGGGUAAUGCGGGGCUAGCAGCUGGGGGCGCCGCUGUCGGUGGAGUUGUAGCACGUGCAGCGAAGGCCAUUUUCGGCCAGGGAGAUCAGCCAACCAAAGAGGACGAUGAGAAUGAUGACAGCAGUGAUGAUACCGGUCAUGGUGAAACAAAAAAGAGAAAAUAAACGUGUGUAGAAGUCAAUAAAAAUAAAACGAUGUUUUUACACUUGC